CACACGUUUCACUAUCAGUCAACCUCAGGCUACUCCCUUCCUAGGUUCGGGUAGUCGGCCGACACACCAGGAACAUCGGGAUCUCAUGAUUACCGGGUGAAUUGUCAUUCGCUCAUCUAGCAUGCGCACAGGACGGUGUAAUGUCAUAGAACAUAGUUCAUCACGUUCCGUUCAGCAAGUUCUUAAAUUCGAAAGUCGUCUCAUAUAAUAUUAAUCAAGUUCUUAUAGUAAAGCGCUGUAUCCCUAAGUGUCCGUCAAUCCCUGCCCCAAUUCACCCGCACAUCAGUGUCACAUUCAAUCCCUUCGCUACCUAUUUGUGCACGAUGCUGCAUGCAGAUACACGGAACAAGUUCCUCGCAGUAUUUGAGGGUAUCCGCGAAGAGCUGGUUGUGCACAUGAAGUCCAAGAAGAUGCCUGAAGAUGCCAUUGCGUGGUUCAACGAGAACCUAAUAUACAAUGUCCCUGGAGGUAAACUCAAUCGUGGUGUAUCUGUCGUUGACACCGUCACAAUUCUUCUAAACCGCCCUCCAACCGACGAUGAAUACUUCAAAGCUGCCCUUCUUGGAUGGUGUAUCGAGCUUCUUCAAGCAUUCUUCCUUGUUUCCGAUGACAUCAUGGACGGCUCUAUUUCGCGCCGUGGCCAACCCUGUUGGUACCGCGUCUCUAAUGUCAAGGGGCUCGGAAAGGUACAUAACGUUGCCAUCAACGACUCAUGCAUGCUUGAGGGCGCGAUCUACCACAUCCUCAAGAAUCACUUCAGGUGUGAGAGCUAUUAUGUUGAUUUAUUGGAAUUGUUCCAGGAGGUAACUUACAAGACCGAGAUGGGUCAGCUCGUUGACCAAAUCACCGCCCCCGAGGGCAACAUCGACAUAGGCAAAUAUACCCUCCCCAAACAUACCUUCAUUGUGCGGUACAAAACUGCCUAUUACUCCUUCUACCUCAGUGUUGCGCUCGCCAUGCGCAUGUGCGGCGUCCCGGACGUAUACGAGCUCAACGGAAAGACCGUCGAGCCGUACAAAGAAGCCGACCGUAUCCUCAUUCCCAUGGGCGAAUUCUUCCAGGUGCAAGACGACUACCUCGACUACCACGGCACCGAGGCACAGAUCGGCAAGAUCGGUACGGAUAUCAUUGAUGGCAAGUGCUCCUGGUGCGUAUGCACAGCACUCGCGCACGGUACCGACAUGCAGAAACGAUUCCUGUUCGAGAACUACGGCAAGAAGGGUCCCGACCAGGCUGCGAGGGAGCAAGCUGUGAAGGACAUGUACAACGACGAGCAGGGGCUGAACAUUCCCAAGCACUACGAGGAGUAUUCGAAGAAUACUGUGGCGGAAAUUAAUUCAAUGAUCGAGCUGGUACCAGAGCCUGGUGCGCAGGACGAGCUGAGGGGUGACAGGUUGAGGCGGGACGUAUUUCGGGCAUUCCUGAGCAAGAUUACUGAUCGUACGGCAUAGGAUUACAUGAUGAGGUGUAA